AUGACGGAGGCUGCAGAGACGUCGACGAAUGCGAAGGGCAAGCGCAAGCUCUGGAUUGCCUGUAAUGCUUGUCGCUUUCGAAAGGUCAAGUGCGACCGAGAGCCACGCUUAGAACGGGGCUUCUCGUCAUGCACCAACUGCGAGAGCGCUUCGAUGGACUGCAUAUUGACCGUCAACCCGCCCAAGAAGCGUAUGGGCAAGCGAAUGAAGAUGCUGCAAGAGCAGGAAGAUGCUGAUACUCCAAGCUCGACCGGUGCGACACAGUCAACAUCAACUGCUACAACUGGGGCCACCGAGGCGCAAGUGCCAACCUCAUCUGCAAAUUUCUCAGAGGAGGCAAUAGCGAUGUCGCCCGGAUUCGGCAGUCUUCUACAGGCUGUGGAUCAGGAGGUAUCAUCGGGUUUCACGAGCACAGGCAGCAUCGGUCCAUUGACACGCCAAGCCAACGCCAACGCGACUGGGGACGGAAUGGUAGGGCAGCUAAUAGAAGACGGACAGUCGCAUGUUCCUAUCGUCCAGAAUGGCAUGUUUGCUGCUUUCGACUCCACCACCGAUGAUUUGCUUCAUCCCUCUUCCGAUCUGUCCGCGAGAGAGCAGCGCAGAACGAGUCACGGGCAUGUAGGUCAAGUAACGGCGGUCUCUCGACCGACGCCAACGUCCACGAAUGGUGCCUCGGGGCAAUCACCACCCGAUGGAUACAUCUCGAACGCGGCAUUCCUGGAUAAGUCAGUCAUCAACGGAUCAACAUCGCGGCAAGAAGCAUCGAAAAAGCUCAAUCCGCUCCACAAGUCUGCAGAGGAUACCAGCUUUGCCAGACAAGUCGGAUUCGUGGGCGGCUUGCUCGGCAUCGCCUCACUCGAUAAGCAUAUGCUUGAUGUCUGUACCAAGGCUUACUUUGACAGCUUAGGUCAGUGUAUCGGCUUCAUUCGUCCUGAAUGGUAUUGGCCCCGAUACCACGCAUUCUUCACCCGCUACUCUGGCUUGUUCCAUUCCUCGGACGCGGAUUCGAACGAGGAGCCGCUCUCAGAGCUCCUACUAAUUGCGGUAGCAUGUCGUGGCGCAGGUGCAACUCGGAUGGCCAACCGUUUUCAACUCCAGUCCGACCUCUUCGAUCACUACUGUCGCCUCAUCAAAGACCGACAGCGCCUCGUCAGAGAUGGCUUUGACGGACUCGAAUCUCUGAUUCUCAUCGUAGAGCAAACGGAUGCUGCACCAAAGUCUUUUCCCGACCCCAUGUCUAUCCAAGGCGUAUUCGACAUCCACAUUCUCUCUCAUGCAGGUCUGAUCGCGCUGAUGAAAAAGCUCGAAUUGCAUCUCGAGAAGCCCUUUGGCGCAAGGCUCGAAGGACGGGACGCAAUUCGUCAACGCUUGCUUUUCUGGACACUGUACGUCUACGAUGCUAUCCGAGCGGAAGCUGGUCGAACAUUGCCCCUGAUUCAAAAGGAUGAGAUCAGUCUGCCACGGACGUUUCCUGGCCUGCAAGUUCAAGGUGCAGACAUGACACGGCUAAUGUUCCGAGACGCUUUCGUCGAGCUCUCGGAUAUUUGUCGCAAAGUGUCUUAUCGAAUCCAGUCGAACCGAGCGCAGGGGCAAGGCAUCGAUCCAAAAGAUGUCAUCGAGAUCCUUGACGAUCUCAAAAUGUGGCACGACAAGCUCGGCCCCCUCUUCGCUUGGGACUGGAACGACAUGUUGCACAUCACUGGACCCCCUGAAACGGAAGACCAAAUCUGUCGCACAUUCCUCAUCUUCCUCUUCCUGGGUCAGUGGCUGACACUCGAGUAUGCGGUAUCAGAGAUCGGCCUUUCACCCACUUCCGAGCCUGAUACAGAAGCAGUGAUGCACCGCCGAUUAAAGGAAGAAGUGGACACAGCACUAGAUCGACAAGUGCUCGUCUGUGAUCAUGGUACACUAUUCGGCAUUAUUCGAUUACAUCCAGGUAUGAUGCAGUCUUGGACCAUUACUUGGGCUACAUGGUGUAUUGGUAAGAUGCAAGGGAUCAUUGCGGAAGAAGGGAAUGGCAGAUUGGCGAGUGCCAAAGCGGAUCAGGCGUUUAACAGGUAUCAGUCGGCAGUGCUUUGCUUCAUCAACGCGAUAGCCACUUGCGAUACUGCACAGCAUACCCCUACUACGGUGCAGGAUCUGAUGAACGCCCUGAGCAAGGCUGAUGAGGCGAGGAAGAUGUCUAGACUCACUUUUGAUUUGUAG